UGUAAGCAGCACGCGAGCGACUGCCCCAGCUGAAAGGCGAUCCAAUGGAUGCGAACCUGCGCCUCUUGAUGCCGGUUCCACGGUAUUUUACCAUUGUUACAGCAGCAGCAUUACUCUUGAAAUACAGCUAGUAUGCGUGCGGCUUCACGGCUAAGAGCUCUUAACACGACCAACUUACUUCUUCCCACGCGACGGGCCUUCCUUGGGCUUAGUGCGAGCACUUUUACAGCAUUAUCUAGCACUCGGUCGUCGAAUUGUGUCGACUACGAAGGGCCAGGAAGGACUGUCGCCUACGCGGCGUCUUUACCUGCGGUUCCAGGCAGCGUUUUUGUGAUGGGCAAAACGGGGCCUAUGCUGCUGGGAGGCCAUCGGGGGAUGGGUGAAAACCUGGCCAGCCAUGACGUGGACGGGCAGCCAUUGAGCGUGUACCCCGCAUACCGCGAGAACACUAUUGAGUCCUUCCAGCAGGCCGCAAAGUGCGGUGUAGGCUUCGUGGAGUUUGACGUGCAGGUCACGCGCGACAACGUGCCCAUCAUCUGGCACGACGAUGACGUCGUGUUUGGCGCCGCCGACGCCCCACAGCGACCCAUGGUGAAGGACCUCACACUCGCAGAGCUGCAGGCGCUGUGCGGCCGCGGCGGCAACACCUCCACCUCCACAGCAGCCACAGCCUCAGCCACAGCCGCAGGCCACGGCACCGGCGCCGCGGACCUGCCCUCCAGCGACUCCCACUUCCAGCAGCCUCACGUGCUCCGGGGCACCAGCGAGGACGGCAGCGUUGUGUCCACACCGCGCGGCGGCAGCGACGACGGCAGCGGCAGCAUGGUGGAUGACUGCGGCGCCACCGGCGGGCGGCCGCACAGCAAGCUGCUGCGGCUGUUCCGGGACCGCUCCACGCGGCAGGCGGGGACGCGGUACGAGCCGUGGGCGUGCGCAGCAGACGACAGCAUCCCCACCCUGGAGGCCGUGUUUCGGGCCAUGCCGCCCGAGAUCGGGUUUGAUAUUGAGAUCAAGAUGACCACGGGUGACGAUGUCGUCCACACGCCGGCCGAGGAGGUGGACAGGAUGCUGUCCGCCAUCCUGCCAGUAGUGGACCGACUGGCGGGGCCGCAGCCGCCGCAGGACCACUUCAUUGACGGACCCCUGCUGCAGCCGCACCCCUACCGCAACGCUCCUGCCAGUGCCGCUGCCACCGCCUCGGCUGCCGCAGCCGCUGCCGCAGCCGCAGCCGCAGCUGCUGCGCAGCAGCAGCAGCAGCCAGAGCAGCAGCAGCAGCCACCAAUGGGGCGGCGCAUCAUGUUCUCCUCCUUCGACCCGGACGUGUGUGUGGAGUUGCGGCGGCGGCAGUCCCGCUACCCGGUGUACUACCUGAGCGGCUGCGGGCUGUACACGCACGCCGACGCGCGGCGCACCUCCAUCCCCGCGGCCCUCAGCUUCGCGGUGGAGGCCGGCAUGCGCGGCGUGGUCAUGCCGGCGUCGGUGCUGCUCAAGAACAUGGACACGGUGGCCAGCGCGGGCGCCAGCCGCCUGGAGCUGAUGACGUACGGGCUGGAGAACAACGACCUGGGGGCGCUGCAGGCGCAGGCGGAUGCGGGCGUGGUGGCGGCCAUUGUGGACGAGGUGGCGGGCGUCACGGCGGCGCUGGGCGGCGGCGGCGCGGUCAUGGGACACGGCGAGGAGGCCGCGGACAGGGUGUAGGUGAAGGCGGUGGCGUAGAGGAGCUGGGGGAUUGGGGAUGAAAAGCGAGGGCUGGAGCGGCGGCGGCUGGUGGCGCUCGCGCUGGUGGUGGUGGUGGUGGUGGUGGUGGUGGUGGUGGUGGUGGUGGGGCCGGAGCGAUGCGCCGCAAAGCGGAGAGUGGUGAUUACGAAGUGCUGCGUGUUGGCUUAACUCGUGCAUGAUCGGGGCAAAUUUAUUGCGGACAAAUGCAUGGACCGGGUAACGGGAGUUUCAUACGGCAUCGACUUAGACUCACGCCUUGCGUUGUUUUGCAUGAUUGGCGUGGCAUGAAUGAUGUUGGUGUGGUUAAGGCGUCGGUGAGGUAGUUACGGUAGGAAGGCCCCAACUCGCAAGGACUAGUUGCUGAAGCUCUGACGGCGCCUUGCUAUGUUAGCCUGUGGUGCACCAAUCGCCAGCACGUGCGGCUUCGGACGUGCUGAGGGCAACCGCGGGCAAAUUACAUUUUACAGCAGGAUGUGGCAUUAUAAUCAUAACGGCUUCUCGACGUGCGAGAGUGGGCCGUGUGUAUGAUAUGGCACGCUCUGGUCCUGCUCUGUCACAUCCGAUCCAGACGAUCCCGACCGGCCGUUGCUGCGUUGCAUGAGGAGGGAGAUGGAGGGGUGCAAGCUCAAUGAGCCAGGACCACCCACGGACGGAAGGACGUAGCCGCGUGUCAGACACCGCGCACUCUUGACACCCACGACCACUAGCGUGUUUUGUUGAUGGGCCUCGCAGUCUCGCACUCAUCUCGCUGCAGUCAAAGGCCACGCCCAAGUUUCACAAGAACCCACGAUUAUCACCGGACACUAUGUUUGUGGAUCACGCCCAUCAGUUCUUUCGUUCGCUUGGCUCCGGUCUGACACCCAGCUAUACAUCCGCUGCACGUGCUGCCGGACCAGGGGCACAUGCUGUACUUUGACGUGUGGGGCCAGGUGGUGGCCUGGGUGGAUGAGUGCUUGGCGAGCCGUUGACCAGCAGCUCCAGGCCAACAGAGGCGUGUUGCGAUUGGGCGUGAUGCGGGCGUGAGGGCAGUGGAGGGCGGUUGAGGAGGGCUGCGGGUUUGGAGGGUGGCUCACAGUUUGCCUGCACGUUAAUUGGCCCUCGCCUU